AUGAUUGAUGUUUCUUGCGAGAUCGAGACCAAGAUGAUGCAGGUCAACCGAGUACGGAGUAUAUACCCGGUUUUGCGGUGUGAGAUGGCGCUGGAUCCAUCGCCGAGAAAGACGAUGAUCAUCGUUGCCAAUGCACAGCUCUCACCAAUCACUUGGGAGUCUGGGACAUGGUCCGAGAAUCGCCCCACAGUCACCCUGCAUCGGUACGAUCUGCGAUCUCUCGGCUCUGCAGUGCAGCCAGAUGUCAAUUUGCACGGAGUAGUUCGUAUGGGACAAGUAGUACCGACAAAGUGGAGCCGUGACGAGCUCAACAGAGCCGAGAUGAGGGGGCUUAAACUUGCAGAGUUAGGAUGA